UGCGUGAAAAGCAGACGAAAUUUGUGUAUUUGUGAAGUUAAACAUCACACUGUGUGAAAUGCUCUAUUCCACUUAAAACCUUUGUGCUCUGUAUGUUCUUAUUUAGAAGUUAAACAGUGUCAUCUUUGAAGAUUCUGAAAAUGACAGCGAUGAAGAUAUUCACAUCUGUAAGAAGUGUCAGAAGGUGUUCCGGAGUAUAUCUUCAUACCUGGAACACAAGAUGGAGCAUGACAACCUCAAAGUUACGUAUUCCAGAUCCCACAUUCACCGACGUCUCAUCCUGCCGCAGUUGUCCAUAAAGGAAGAACUUCAUCCACAGAAUGGAGAAUGCAAGGUUAAGAAACGAAGGAAGAGAAAGAAAGCUGUGGAUGUAAGCGUUGAACUUAUUACAGAAAGAAAUACAUAUGGCUGUAACAAAUGUGACAGAAAGUUUAACAGAGAAGCAAGUCUGCGAUGGCACAUCAAGUGUGACCACACUGUGGAUGGGGAUUCUGAUUCCGACGAAAACAAGGCUGAUUCCACGUCUUACGUUGAUGACGACGACGAUGCAGACCCCAGCUAUAAGAAACAGAGAGUCGUUAAGGUGGAGAACUCGACAGAACGUCCGUACAACUGUGAUUUAUGCGGGUGUACAUUCAAAGAGCACAAUGUAUUGAAGACUCACAUGCUGACACACACCAACAAGCGGGGCUUUGUGUGUCGUGCCGCCGGCUGUACGUACGCCUUCAAGACGAAGGGCUCUCUCACCAGACAUAUGAGGAGACACACAGGUGAUAGACCAUAUAAGUGUCAGAAAUGUGGAAGAAAAUUUUCAGAAUCUGGUGCUUUGACUAGACAUUUAAGAUCCAGAAACCCAUGUACUUCAAAAUCUGAUCAGGAUUUACCUCGAUAUGGAAUGAAGUGGAAUUUUAUUCCAAACAUCCCAGCUGCUAUGGCAAACGCUGGUCAUGCUUUACAGCCAAGUGAUGGGGCAGACAUCGCUAGAGGAGAAGCAAACGUUCCAAACGACACUGACCAUCAACUGACCGUGACAAUCAAGACUGAAGUGGUUGACAGUGAGAAAUCGGCCACAGAAGUUCCGCUCACAGAUGGUAGUAUUGACACCGUGGUGACAACCGGAUCUAUAGAAGAGGGAGAAAUUAUUGUGAUGGAAGACAUGGCAGACACACUGGAAGAUGGCGAAGAACCUGAUUACUCCGAGUUAACUCCUACACAGUGCAAGGUGUGCAAAGAAGACUGUGGUACGUUCGAUACCCUGAGACUUCACCUGCGAACCCAUCUGGCCGACACGCCAUUCCGUUGUGGACUGUGUCACUUCGUGGCAGAGAGACGUGAUGAACUGCAGGCUCACAUGACGACUCUACACCAAACUCAACUGAAGACUUUAGAAUCAGGAACUGUUGUGGGAACAGCUAUAGAACCAGCCCAGUCUAAUAACGGGGGCCCGACUAACAUCAAUAAAGAUGCCCAGGUAGCGGUCAAGCAACUACUAGAACUGCCAUCCCCGAGUCUUGAAGAGGACGAGAAUUCUGAGAAGAACGAGUCGACACGUCAGCUACACAAGUGUCCGGUGUGUUACAGAGCAUUCAGGGGUCAUGGGUAUCUCCGACAACACAUGAAGAGUCACAUAGGUGACCGACCUCACAAAUGCGAGUACUGCGACAAGUCGUUUACAUCGAAGGACACGCUCAACAAGCACCUGUUUACACACAGCGAGGAUCGCAAUUACAAGUGUGGGGAGUGUGGCAAGCUCUUCAAGAGGAUAUCACACGUCCGGGAACACCUCAAGAUACACACCAACGACAGACCCUACACAUGUCAGAUGUGUGACAAGUCCUUCAAGACCCACAAUGCCUUGAAGGUCCAUAUGAGAACUCAUAACAGUAUUUUACCGUACCUGUGUAAAUUCUGUCGGCGACGAUUCCGUGAGAAGGGCUCACUUGCUCGACAUCUUAGAAUGCACACUGGAGAACGCCCAUACAAGUGUAACCGUUGUGGUAGGGGAUUUGCAGAACACGGAACUCUCAACAGGCAUCUCAAGGCUAAAGUACGCUGUACGUCCCUGGGUAACGUAAUCUCAGAUGAGGGUGAGGAAUAUCCCACAGUGUUGGCCGAAUUCUCCUCCGUCGUGGCGGACACUCAGGAAUACAUUCUACCUGAGGGCGUGGAAAUACAGGAAGCCACCCCAGAAGAAGUGGAUGAAUAUGCACAGGCAACCGAGUUUGUCGUAGUACAUACUACAGACCUGGAUGAAACUGCUCUUCAGAAUAUUGAGAUUAUUACCGAGGGAGACAUCGACCAAUCGAUUCUGAACCAGAUGAGCGACAAAUCAUCGUAUGUUUUUUACGACACAGGAGAUAACAACAUUCGUGUUCUCGAUUCUCGUACCGGUCAGGAAAUGUCUGUGAUUCAGUCAGAUUUGGACCACGUCCAGACAAUUACCAUGAUUCCGCAGGGAGACAACGAGAUUGAGGCCGUUGCCAUGGCACCACUCGCUGAAGACGAGCCGGAUGCGGUUCAGCAAGCGAUGGUGGCGGCCAACGUGAUGGAACAACUGGGGGUCGGGGGGGAAUCAAAGACUCAAUCUGAUGAGGUCAAUAACAGUCUCGUUAUUCAGGCGGAAUAGUCACAAAGCUUGUUUGAAAUGGGGGCAGGGAUACUCUUCUUUGUUUUGUUGUCCCCCAUAUGAAAUAAAAAAGAAGAUACAGGUAUUA